GGGGCUGCGGUUUCGGCUCUGCGCGGGCUGGACUGGGUCUGGAGGACCGGUCUAGUCUGAUCCGGACUCCGGCACCCCUCACCGCGGCGGAGCGAGGGAGGAGGGAAAGGGCCGGGAGGUUGGUGAGUGUGCGCGCGUGUGUGUGCGCUGCGCGUGUGUGCGUGUGCGCGUGUCUACAGGUAGCAGCGGCGGCGGCGGGGACCCGCGCAGGGGACGCUUCGGCAGCCACCUCCCGCCUGUGAUUUUCGGAGGCGGUUGCUCACUUAGCUGAAGGAUCUGUAGCCUCAGGAGAUCUUCUGCUCCUCUCCAUUUCCACGCUGUUUAGGCAUCGUCCAGUUUCAAGUGUGUGUUUGGGGUAUUUUUUUUUCUUUUAAUUUUUUUCUUCUCGCACCAUAUCUUCUCGGGAAUACUGCAUAUCGAAGCAGGUGGUACGAAAUCUGUGGAUACAUUUUAUUAGCCAAGUUUUACUCUUCCCUGUCCCCUCCCUCUUUGAGAGGCAUCCGCGGGGCUUUUCUUUUGGAUUUACAUGCAGAAAACGUAUCUAUGUUUAUAUGCCGACCGGAUAAUUUAUAAGUACGUACAUAUACGCGUACCCAAGCGCCUGGCUUUCGUCUCUUUUCUGACCAGGAGAAAUGCUUUGGAGCCGAUGGAUAAUGAGCACAAUAUUAACAUUCUUUUAAGGCUGUUUUUUAAAAAGGGGAGGGGGCGUGAAGAAUUGUUUAACAUUCGGCCACCGUUUGGCUGCACACUAAGCACCACGAAGUAUUUAUGGUCGCAGAUCAGGUGCAAGCGGGGCUUAGAGAGAAAGGAUAUAGACCCACAGCUAACUGGAUUUGAUUUAUAAGAAGGAAAUCUGCACUUAAUGGCCACUCUGCCACAUUGCUACUAUGGAAAACAGAAUGGUCAAUAGGAUAUGGUCCGAUAAAUAGUGAUGACUGAAAAUGCUGCCUCAAUACGUGUGAAAUCAAUGGGAGAUACUUGCUGACUGAAGAGCUUUCUGAGCUUUUCUCCAGAAGCUCACCUUUGAAAACGUGGAGGCAUAACUAGCACUGUCCAGUAUUUCUCAAGUGGAUAUAAAUACAUUUGCCUCACUGAAACCAGACAACUAGACAACUAAUGUGGGACCAUGGCCCUUCCCAGAUGCACGUGGCCAAAUUAUGUUUGGAGAGCAGUGAUGGCGUGUUUGGUACACAGGGGAUUGGGUGUCUCGUUGACUCUCUGUAUGUUGGGAAGUCUGCUUCAGGCUGCCCACGUGCUUUCACAAAAAUUGGAUGAUGUUGACCCACUGGUGACUACCAACUUUGGCAAGAUAAGAGGGGUUAAGAAAGAACUCAAUAACGAAAUUUUGGGGCCUGUUGUUCAGUUUCUUGGGGUUCCAUAUGCCGCUCCACCAACGGGAGAACAUCGUUUUCAGCCUCCGGAGCCACCAUCUCCCUGGUCAGAUAUCAGGAAUGCCACUCAAUUUGCUCCGGUGUGUCCCCAGAAUAUUAUUGAUGGCAGACUGCCAGAAGUCAUGCUUCCUGUGUGGUUUACGAAUAACUUGGAUGUAGUUUCAUCAUAUGUGCAAGACCAGAGCGAAGACUGCCUGUAUUUAAACAUAUAUGUCCCAACCGAGGAUGGUCCCCUUACAAAGAAACAGACAGAUGAUUUAGGUGAUAAUGACGGUGCUGAAGAUGAAGAUAUCCGGGACAGUGGAGGCCCCAAACCAGUGAUGGUGUAUAUCCAUGGCGGCUCGUACAUGGAAGGCACUGGAAAUUUAUACGAUGGUAGUGUCCUGGCCAGCUAUGGCAAUGUCAUUGUCAUCACGGUCAACUAUCGACUGGGGGUACUCGGUUUCUUGAGUACAGGGGACCAGGCUGCAAAAGGAAACUAUGGACUUCUUGAUCUCAUACAGGCUUUAAGAUGGACUAGUGAAAACAUUGGAUUCUUUGGUGGUGACCCCUUGAGAAUCACUGUUUUUGGAUCAGGCGCUGGGGGUUCAUGUGUCAAUCUGCUGACUUUAUCCCAUUAUUCUGAAGGUAACCGUUGGAGCAAUUCAACCAAAGGACUUUUUCAACGAGCAAUAGCUCAGAGUGGAACAGCCCUUUCCAGCUGGGCUGUUAGUUUCCAACCUGCAAAAUAUGCUAGAAUGUUGGCCACAAAAGUUGGCUGCAAUGUUUCAGAUACAGUAGAGUUAGUGGAAUGUCUCCAGAAGAAGCCUUACAAAGAACUUGUUGAUCAAGAUAUUCAACCAGCCCGAUACCACAUAGCCUUUGGACCUGUGAUCGAUGGUGAUGUAAUACCAGAUGAUCCUCAGAUACUUAUGGAACAAGGAGAGUUUCUCAACUAUGAUAUAAUGUUAGGAGUUAACCAAGGGGAAGGGUUAAAAUUUGUUGAAAAUAUAGUGGAUAGUGAUGAUGGUAUAUCUGCUAGUGAUUUUGACUUUGCUGUUUCCAAUUUUGUUGAUAAUUUAUAUGGAUAUCCGGAAGGCAAAGAUGUUUUGAGAGAAACCAUUAAAUUCAUGUAUACCGAUUGGGCUGACCGGCACAACCCUGAAACCAGAAGGAAGACAUUACUGGCUUUGUUUACGGACCAUCAGUGGGUGGCACCAGCUGUAGCUACAGCAGAUCUUCACUCAAACUUUGGUUCACCCACAUACUUCUAUGCUUUUUACCAUCAUUGCCAAACAGAUCAGGUUCCAGCUUGGGCUGAUGCAGCCCAUGGAGAUGAGGUUCCCUAUGUACUUGGAAUACCCAUGAUUGGUCCUACAGAGUUAUUUCCUUGCAAUUUCUCCAAAAAUGAUGUGAUGCUGAGUGCAGUAGUAAUGACUUACUGGACAAAUUUUGCUAAAACUGGUGACCCAAAUCAACCAGUUCCUCAAGACACAAAAUUCAUCCAUACUAAACCCAAUCGCUUUGAAGAAGUAGCAUGGACCAGAUAUUCCCAGAAAGACCAACUUUAUCUCCAUAUUGGAUUAAAACCAAGGGUUAAAGAGCAUUACAGAGCCAAUAAGGUGAACCUCUGGCUGGAGCUGGUACCUCAUCUGCAUAAUCUCAAUGACAUUUCUCAGUAUACCUCGACAACAACUAAAGUGCCAUCGACUGACAUCACUCUCAGACCUACAAGGAAAAAUUCUGUACCUGUAACAUCUGCCUUUCCCACGGCCAAGCAAGAUGAUCCCAAACAACAACCAAGUCCAUUUUCAGUGGAUCAAAGGGACUACUCCACAGAGCUCAGUGUUACUAUUGCAGUCGGAGCAUCACUGCUUUUUCUGAACAUCUUGGCCUUUGCAGCCCUGUACUACAAAAAGGAUAAGAGGAGACAUGACGUUCACCGAAGGUGCAGCCCUCAGCGCACGACUACCAAUGACCUGACCCAUGCCCAGGAAGAGGAAAUCAUGUCACUCCAGAUGAAGCACACUGAUUUGGAUCAUGAAUGUGAGUCCAUCCAUCCACAUGAGGUGGUUCUUCGGACCGCCUGCCCCCCAGAUUACACACUAGCUAUGAGAAGAUCACCUGAUGAUGUUCCCUUAAUGACACCCAACACUAUUACGAUGAUUCCCAACACUAUACCAGGGAUUCAGCCCUUACACACAUUCAAUACAUUUACUGGAGGACAGAACAAUACUCUGCCCCACCCCCACCCCCACCCCCAUUCACAUUCAACAACCAGGGUAUAGCCAGAUAAGAGAAACAAACUAUUUUUUUGAUGGAUUACCGUAAAAGAUUACUGAAGAAUUCUUGGCUUUCAACCUACAAGACUCUCACUAUUUAAAUAAGGAGGAAUAUUAUGUGAAUAUACAUAUCAAGAACUUUGGGGGUUUUGAAAAUAUGAAUUGUACAUAUAUACACAAAUCAACUGCAAAAACACAUUGCAAUUGCUUGAAGCAGUUGUUCUGAAUGAUACUUUUUCAUUCACAUUCAAGAAUUAAUUUUUUGAAGAUUUAAGUUACAUAAUGGAAUUAGGCAUGUGGAACACCAAACAGGAAAGAACUAUGUCUGAAAUAUAAAAAAUAAAAA